UCGGGGUCUCAGAUUCAGGGUGUUGAUAGGGACGGUCUGGGGACCCGAGACUGAGUUUGAGACCCCGGAGGGGAGGCAAGGUUGGGGCAGCAUUUUCAAGUGGAGGGAGUUUGAAGUUGGGACGUGGGGCGUUUGAAGAAGCGAGAGAACAGAGGGGAGGAACUUUUGAGAUGGGGAACUUGGAGAUUCGAUUCCACUUGGGUCUUCGGGACAGGAUGAAUUCGGGGCGUUAUCGUGUUCUUGGAAAAGGUAUGAGAUUUGGGAGUGAGAUCCUGAGCAUUUGGAGAAGCCAGAUAGAGUCAAGGAUUCUCGGACUCCAAGACUCACUGGUGGGGGAAAGAAAGGGGGUUGCCGGAAAGAUUUCAGUGUUCGGGUCUUGGAGCCGGACAGCGAGUUUGGAGGUGAAGUUCAGGGGCGUUUGAAAGUCAGGAGAAUAGAAGUGGGAGGAAGUAUCAAAAUUAGGAUACGUAGUCUCCCGAACUAGAUCGUAGCAUUGUAGUCAUUGAGCGAUGUGUUCGGACUUGGAUCUCUGGACCCAAGGGCAGUUUGGGAGGAGAAUCGGGGACUUUGAAGGAACGGAGGCACCAGGAGAAGGCAGAUUUAGAGCCGGAGUGUGGGGUGGGGGAGGGGUGUUCCGGGCGUGGAGCUCAGACUCGCCGCCCCGGAGGCAACGGAGGGCGGGGCUCGGCGGGCGCCUGCAGCUGGACGUCCGGGUGCCCUUCCCCCACCCGCCCUUGCCCCUGUGCGCAUGCCCUGAGGGAGGGCGGGGGAGUGGGUUCGUCCCCUGGAGGAGCGAAGCCCUCUGGGGAUUGUGGUGCGUGCUCGACGUCUAUUCGUGUACCUGGCGGCUGUUGGCCCCCGUUUCCCAGAAGACCUUGGGCCAAAUUGGGGCGUUUCUGGAUGCUCUUAAAGACCCGUGAAGGGGCGGAGCCUUGCAGCACCGAGGUCUGAUUGGCUGGGUCCCCUAGAGGCGGGGCUUGGUCUGAGCUGAGUUCUAGCAAGUUUUCCUACGGGGCGCGCUUUGGGGGAAGCUGAAAGCACAGCAGCGGGAAUGAGGCAGGCCCCUUUCCUACUCUUGGGAGCGCUCCCAGUCGGUAAAGGAAGAGGGCAUAGACCGAAAUAUCCUGACUGUAGAAGAAGAAUCUCAACAUUCAGGUGCUCCAAGAGGCUCGAAUAUAGUAAGCACUCGGUAAAUCUGUUGGGUGAAUAACUGGCAACUAACUCUUGAUCGAGGCCGGCUGUGGUGGUAAUCCCAGCUACUCAGGAAACUGAGGCUAGAGGAUCCAUUGAACUCCGGACUUGGAGACUGCCAUGAGCUAUGAUCACGCAGCUGCACUCAGCCCCGGGUUAGACCCUGUCUCUAACAAAACAAACACAACUCUUGUUCAUUAAGCAGUUCCUGUGUGAUGAGCUCUAUGCAUACUUUUCAUCUCCUUGACAGCGGUGGUGAGAAGUAUUUUUUUAAGGUCCCCAUUUUACAGAUAAGGAACCUGAGGCCCUAAGAGGUAAUUCACUCAGGUCACUUCCCACAAUCACGCAGCUGAGCGGUUUCCAAGACAGGAUUCAAAUUUAGGGUUCCCUACUUCUAAUCCAGGUCUCAUUUGCUCCACACUUAUCUUGCGUGCUCCAUGUUUGAAGAAAUGAGUAUUGUAGAAGAACAGUUUUAAGGCUCAGAGGAAUUUGAGUUAGGAUCCGUACUUUGCAGAUGAGGAAAUUCUCAUGGAUGUAAAUGCACUACUGCUUGAGGCCACAACAGGCAAGGCAUCAUGGUGGGAGGCUUGAAGCGGAAACACUCUGAUUUAGAAGAGGAGGAAGAGGAGAGGUGGGAGUGGAGUCCAGCAGGCCUUCGGAGCUACCAGCAAGCCCUGCUCCGCAUCUCCCUAGACAAAGUCCAGCGCAGCCUGGGCCCCCGAGCACCCAGCCUCCGCAGGCAUGUCCUCAUCCACAACACCCUCCAGCAGCUGCAGGCCACACUUCCCUUGGCUCCUGCCCCUGCCCUGCCCCCCGAGCCCCUCUUCCUGGGCGAGGAGGAUUUCUCCCUGUCGGCCACCAUUGGCUCUAUCCUCAGGGAGCUGGAGACCUCCAUGGAUGAGUCCCCUCAGAAUCCAGUGGCUCCCUUGAGCCUCCAGAAUGAAGUGCCACCCCAGCCUGAUCCAGUCUUCUUAGAAGCUCUGAGCUCCCGGUACCUGGGGGACUCUGGCCUGGACGACUUCUUUCUGGACAUUGACACAUCUGUGGUGGAAAAGGAGCCUGCAUGGGCCCCACCGGAGCCUCCUCACAAUCUCUUCUGUGCCCCAGGUUCCUGGGAGUGGAAUGAACUGGAUCACAUCAUGGAAAUCAUCCUGGGAUCCUAAAACUGUCAUGCAGGGGAUCCUUCCUGUGUCAUCUUCAGGGGGGCUGGAUCCUUGAAUGCAACUCUGGGUGUGUUUUUGUGGGGGCUCUAAGCAUUGACUAUGGCCUCCUUUCCUCCCAUUUCAGGGUUCCACAAACUGUCUUGCAUGUGUGCGUGUGUCUGGUUACCCCAGCCUUCUGUGAAGGUGGGUCUUCUUGAAUUAAUUUAUCUGUUCCAAAUGCCUUAAUGAGACUCUGUUCCUGGGAGUCUGAUUUUCCACUUACACAUAUCUUCUGCCUUUCCCGCUCUUUCCCACUCCCCUGUGACCACUGGGGCCUCAGGGAAGAAAGAAAGCUGGGCCUGUAGAAGGAUGGCAGGGAUGUGCCGCCAGGACUCUGCAGAAACCCAGGACUCUGUAGAAACCCAGGCUCGGCCUCUUGCACCUUGAGGGGUGGGAGGGGCUGGUCUCCUCCCUCCAGGCUGAACCCCACUUCCUUGGCAGGACCACAGUCUCAGUGGCCUGAUUUCAAAGCCUGGCCGGACCACGUGCAAUAGGGUGGAAACCAAACUGCUCCAUGCCACAUUAUUUAAAAAGAAAGGCAGAAUUUGUGGUGGCUUUUUUUUUUUUUAUUGUUUGUAAUUUUUUUUUUAAUAAAAGUAUUUUGGAAGGAG